AUGGUCUGGAAGCGGAAGGUGGAGGAGGUGGAGCCCGAGGCAGAGGAGGAGGACGAAGAAGAAGCCAGGUACUAUGGCUUCAUUCAUCAAGCAAGCGGCGACAAGAUGUUUGUCACCUGUGACGGGGUCCCUGAAGAGUUUGCAUCCAGACCUCCAAAGAUCACCAGGAAGAGUGAGCCUCCGCCGGGCCUGAAGGUCGGCAGUUGGAUCACCUUCGAACUCCUAGACGAGUGGCCUGGUGAGAACUGGGGCUCUUUGCUUGUUGUCAACAUCCAGCCGGCAGAGCCUCCAGAGGACUGGGAUCCCUCGAGCAUCCAGCCCGCGGAAAGAAAAACGGGGCGCGCGGGUGCGAAGCCCCGCGCCACCAUGGCCGCGGCGGCGGAGAAGUUCCGGGCCGCGCACGCGGCGCGAGGCUCCGUGGGGCGGGCGCCUGCGCCGAGGCAAAAGGCAGCGAUGUCCAAAGCGUUCCCGGGCGCGGACGAUGCGUCAGGCCUGGCGAAGUCCGGCGCGGUGGCCGCCUUUCGGCAAGCCAAGGAAGAAGGCCGAAGCUUCGAGUCGGGCUGGUCGGCGCCGGCGGAGCGCCGCUCCGCCGCCCCGCGGAACCGGACGACGAAGGCGCGGCGGACCGAGCACCUGCCGCCCUUCCAGAAGGCCUUCCUGGAAGCGCCGGAUGCGCUGAGCGCUGAGGAAGUCGAAAGCAUGCGGACGGUGCGGGAAAGCACGGAGGUCAGCGUGGAGAUGCCUGAUCAGCUUCCGGACGUGUUUCCGCCCAUCAGCACCUUCGAGGAUCUGUCAGGGAUUCUGCCGGACUACGCCUUUCGGGGCCUCUCGGAAAUGGGCAUCGAGACCCCGAUGCCCAUCCAGGCGCAGGCCAUACCGAUGGCGUUAGCUGGGCUGGAUGUCGUGGGCAUCGCAAAGACGGGCAGCGGCAAAACUUUGGCCUAUUUGCUGCCGGCGCUGGCCCAUGUGGAGGUUCAAGAGCCCAAAGUCCGCGGCGCUGGCACUCCCAUGGUCCUGAUUCUGGCGCCCACCCGGGAGCUGGCGGUGCAGAUCUGUGACAUGGCCAAAGCGGUGAUGCGCUUUUCCAAGAAAGGCAGCAACCACCCAGACCUCAGCGCGGGAGUGCUGUACGGUGGCGGCCAAGGCAGCAAAGGCUGGCAGGUUGCGGACAUCAAGAGCGGCGGGCAGGUGGUGGCCGCCACCCCGGGGCGGCUGUUGGACGUCAUGGACUCCGGAGAUAUUUCCCUGGAGCGUGUGACGUACUUUGUCCUGGACGAGGCGGAUAGGAUGCUGGAAUGUGGUUUUGAGGAGCAGGUCGGCCGAAUAGGAUCGAAGACUGUGCGCCGGGAUCGGCACACCUUGUUCUUCUCGGCGACCUGGCCGAGCAAAGUGCAGGACAUGGCCCAAGUCAUGUGCUCCAGUGACCUGCCCCCGGUGCGUGUCAUGGUGGGCCAGCGAGGGGAUGGAGAGGGCCCGGUGUCUCGGGCAGACAUCUUGCAGGAGGUGGUUGUCUUUGAUCAGGCCUCUUGGAGUGACAGGGACGCUGCGAAGCAGGAGCUGCUGUACGCGCACCUGAGAGAGGUCUUAUCGGAUGACGCCCACAAGAUCCUGGUCUUCGUGAGCCGCAAGAACCUGGCGGACACCUUGGCCAAGCGCCUCAAGGAGGAAGGCUUUAGCGCCAACGUCAUGCACGGGGGCAAAAGCCAAGACUCCAGGCUGUCCACCUUGGAGGGCUUCCGUGGCGGCGAGACCAAGCUUCUCGUGACCACCGAUGUCAUGGGCCGCGGCUUGGACAUCCCUGGCAUCUCCCAUGUUGUAAUCUUCGACAUGGGAGACAUAGAGGAUUAUGUCCACCGCAUCGGGCGAACUGCCCGGGGGCCGUAUGGCCAAGGACAUGCGCUCACCUUUUUCGAGUACGACAAGAAGUGGCCCAAUCUCCCCAGGCAGCUCCUGGAGGUGCUCCAGGAGUCUGGCCAGGAGGUGCCGCCGGAGCUGGCGGCCCUCUCGGUCGGGGAGGGCCGGGCACGACACAGCCAGGGUGGCUGGAGAUAG